GGAUUGGCCUCGGGAGGCGCCGGGCUGUGGCUCGGAGGGAGGGAGGAGGCUGUUCUGCCUCCGUCCCCGCUUCCUAGUGAGCCAGCCCAGCACCCCGGAGAGUCCGGCACGCGCCAUGCUGCGGGGAGCCCUGCGGCUGCUUCCACCCCAGCUGCGAAGCCGAGUGCGCCCCGUUAGCAGCGACUCCGGCACCGCGGGGCGAGAAGAAAAACUAUUAUCUUUUUUGGGAGCUAAAUGGAAAGAUACAGCAGAGACGGUGAUUAUUGGUGGUGGUUGCAUUGGUGUAAGUCUUGCUUACCACCUGGCCAAGGCUGGCAUGAAGGAUGUCGUUCUGCUAGAAAAAUCUGAAUUGACGGCUGGAUCUACUUGGCAUGCAGCUGGGUUAACAACUUACUUUCAUCCUGGAAUAAAUCUGAAGAAAAUACAUUACUACAGCAUCAAACUCUAUGAACAAUUAGAGGAGGAGACUGGGCAGGCUGUGGGAUUUCACCAGCCAGGCAGCAUCAGACUUGCUUCCACUCCUACAAGAGUAGAUGAAUUCAAAUACCAAAUGACGCGAACUGGUUGGCAUCCAACAGAACAGUAUCUUAUUGGGCCUGAGAGAGUACAAGAGUUGUUCCCCAUAUUGAACAUGGAGAAGGUUUUAGUUGGCCUGUAUAACCCCGGAGAUGGCCACAUUGAUCCCUAUUCUCUCACUAUGGCCUUGGCUGCAGGAGCCAGAAAAUAUGGUGCCCUGUUAAAUUACCCUGUCCAAGUGACAAAUCUGAGCCCUAGAUCAGAUGGGACAUGGGAAGUUGAAACUCCGCAUGGAAUAAUUAGAACAAACAGAGUUGUGAAUACAGCAGGCUUCUGGGCUCGAGAAAUAGGCAAAAUGAUUGGACUGCACCAUCCCCUCAUACCUGUUCACCAUCAAUAUGUUGUGACAUCUACUAUCCCUGAAGUGAAAGCUCUGAAAAUGGAAUUGCCCGUGCUUCGUGACUUAGAAGGAUCAUAUUAUCUGAGACAGGAAAGGGAUGGGCUUUUAUUUGGUCCAUAUGAAAGUCCGGAGAAAAUGAAACUACAGGAGUCAUGGGUAACAAAUGGAGUGCCACCAGGGUUUGGAAAGGAACUUUUUGAGUCUGAUUUAGACAGAAUAAUGGAUCAUAUUGAGGCUGCAAUGGAAAUGGUUCCAGUCCUGAAACAAGCAGACAUCGUUAACACAGUUGCUGGUCCUAUCACAUAUUCUCCAGACAUACUUCCUAUGGUGGGACCGCAUCAGGGUGUCAGAAAUUACUGGGUAGCAAUUGGCUUUGGAUACGGCAUUAUCCAUGCUGGAGGCAUAGGAAAGUAUCUCAGUGAUUGGAUCUUAGGUGGGGAGCCGCCUUUUGACCUGAUAGAAUUAGAUCCCAAUCGCUAUGGAAAAUGGACCACCACCCAAUAUACCGCAGCAAAAGCAAGAGAAUCUUAUGGAUUUAACAACAUUGUCGGUUAUCCUAAAGAAGAAAGGUUUUCUGGGAGACCUACGGAGAGAGUCAGUGGGCUUUAUGAAGUGCUUAAAUCUAAAUGCUCAAUGGGUUUCCAUGCAGGAUGGGAGCAACCUCACUGGUUCUACAAGCCCGGAGCUGAGAUUGGAUACAAACCCAGUUUUCAGCGCACAAACUGGUUUGAACCUGUAGGUCGUGAAUAUAAGCAGGUUAUGGAAAAAGUUGGUGUGAUUGACCUGACACCAUUUGGCAAGUUUAUUGUCAAAGGGAAUGAUUCAGUUAAACUGUUGGAUCAUCUGUUUGCAAAUGUCAUUCCAAAGGUGGGUUCUACAAAUAUAAGUCACAUGCUAACACCAAGAGGCCAAGUCUAUGCUGAGUUAACCGUUUCUCACCUGUCUCCAGGUGAAUUUUUGUUGGUGACUGGUUCUGGGUCAGAGCUCCAUGAUCUGAGAUGGAUAGAAGAGGAGGCACUGAAGGGUGGAUACAAUGUUAAGAUUAAAAACAUUACAGAUGAGAUGGGAGUACUUGGCGUAGCAGGUCCAUUUGCACGAAAGGUUCUCCAGAAACUGACCACCGAGGAUCUUAGUGAUUCUGCAUUUAAAUUUCUUCAGUCCAGACAUAUUAAACUUUCUGAUAUUUCUGCUACUGCUAUUAGGAUAUCCUAUACAGGUGAAUUGGGUUGGGAACUCUACCAUAGACAAGAAGAUUCUGCAGCUCUGUACAAUGUCAUCAUGGAAGCAGGCCAAGAAGAAGGAAUUGAUGACUUUGGAACUUAUGCUCUGAAUACGUUAAGGCUGGAAAAAGCUUUCCGAGCCUGGGGGGCAGAGAUGAACUGUGACACUAACCCUCUGGAAGCUGGACUGGAGUAUUUUAUCAAAUUAAACAAGCCAGCAGAUUUCAUAGGAAAGCAAGCGCUGAAACAGAUUAAAGAAAAGGGGCUUAAACGGCGACUGGUGUAUCUCACCUUGAAAACAGCUAAUGUUGACCCAGAGGGAAAUGAAAGUGUGUGGCAUAAUGGCAGAGUUGUUGGCAACACCACAUCUGGAAAUUAUAGCUACGGUACCCAGCAGAGUUUGGCUUUUGCAUAUGUCCCCACAGAACUCAGCAAAGUUGGACAGAAGCUGGAAGUUGAACUACUUGGGAUAAAUUACUCAGCAACUAUUGUUGAGGAACCACUGGUUCUGACCGAACAAGCAAGAACACGCCUUCAGAAAAAGGGUGGGAGUGCCAAGGUGUAAAUGCAGAGGGCAUUUACAGUAAAUUCUCUAAUAUCAAUUAGUUUGACUUACAACCAUGAAGUAUAAAAGGAAUCAAACUGCUCUGGUUCCCUAAUCAUACAGGGUCUUAUUGUCAUUUGCGCUAUAUGUCCCAUAGGGGAUCAAUGGGAUUUAAGAUGGCCCCUUGAUUCAUUGAAUGGCCUGCCCACAUCACUGACCUGAGCACAGCAUAAGGAGAGCAGGCUCCUCUGGACAGAUGGACCCCCAACCCUCCCAUUGCUUGUGGACAGGAAGUGGGUAAAGAAUGAACAGUCAUUUCUUCUCCACACUCUAACCAGAGAACUGAUGCAGAAAGGGAAGUAGUCUGCUAUUGGUGUUAGCCAAUAGCAAAUUACUUCCUCUUUUUCAGAGUCACAUUUCUUUCUCUGAUGUGCUCUUGGAGCAACGUGGCUACACAUUACCCUUUCCAUGUAGCCUUGGCAAAGUCAAGUUUUGUCUCCAAGGAGUAACGAGUAGUCCUAUGACAACUUAGAGCAGCCGUGGCCAACCCACGGCUCUUCUCCUCCGCCAUUGGGUGCGGCUCACAAAGCCCUCCCCCCUCCAUGGUUCAUAAAGCUGUCCCCAUACCCCACAAAAUGGCCUUCUCCUCCCAGCUUCUUGUGCUGACCUGGGUGGGGAGCUGUCUGGCACAGCCAUUAAAGAUGGCGUCGGCCGGCAGGAGCCUGAUGUGGCCAAAAAGUCUCUAAAAGCAUUUUCUUAAAGGUCCCCAGCUCUUCACGCUGGUUCCACUGAUAUCUUGGCUCUUUGCCCAGAAUGGGUUGGCCACCCCUGCCUUAGAGACUACCAAAAACAUAUAAUUUUGUUGUCUCUAAGGUGCCACAGGACUAAAUGUUAUUUUUAAAGUUACAGACUAACACUGCUACACCUGAGACUUUUUUCCCAAGUCGGGAAAUUUGGCUUUAGACAUUGUUGUUUUAAAUGCACACUGAAUAGAUAAUAUUUUUUCGCCAGCUAUGUUAUUCUGGCAGAGCUUUUGAUGGAAGAUAGAAAUUCAGUCCUUCUUAAUCAAGACAUUCUAGGAAGGCUGCUCUUCCUAUUGGAUGUGCACAAUAUUACUCCUCAGUUUUUGGACACAAUCACAAUGUACUAAGUCAUGUAUCCUUUUUUAUUUAGUUCUUCCUUUCUCUGUUAAAAAUUAAUUAUGACAAUGAGUUUUUAUAUGCACAUUAGUUUAUAUAUAUAUUUCAACUGUGGUAUUACAUUCAGUGUUGUUUUUGAUCAUCUAAAUAAGCAAGACUGUGGAUACUGUAGGAGAAUAUAAACAAAGUGUAUUAAAUUAUUAUAAUAAACUUGUUAAUUCCA